GCGCUGAUGUGUCCUUCCUCGACGGGGAACCUUUGAGCUCUGCGGUGAGGAGGUGCGGGGUUGAGGUUCGAGCCCCCUCCCUCUCGCUCGCCCUAUAAAAGAGCCGUCUCUGGCCCUGUCCUUCAGUCUCUUCCCAGACCAGCUACAGUAACAGAUCCAUGAUGAGGUUCGUAGUCCUUGCCCUCGCUGUUUUGCUGGCAGGAUGCCAGGCCCGCUUCCUUCAGGACGAAGCACCAUCGCAGCUGGACCAUGUGAAGUCUGCGCUCCAGUUGUACGCUGAUCAGAUGAAGCAGUCCGCACACAAGACCCUCACUCACCUCGACGGCACCGAGUUCGCAGACUACAAGGAGUUCCUGGGCCAGUCUGUGGACAACCUCCAUGGCUACCUUCAGGGUGGCUUCCAAGCCAUUGGCCCUGUUGGUGGCCAGGUGCUGGAGGCCACUAAAGACACACGCGAGAAGCUGGCCAAGGACGUGGAGGAGCUCCGCAAGAAGAUCGAGCCCAUGCGUGAGGAGCUGAGGCAGGUGCUGCAGAAGCACUUCGAGGAGUACAGAGACGAGCUGAAGCCUUUCAUGGAGGACUACCUGUCCAAGCAGCAAAAGUUCAUGGAGGAGAUGAAGACCAAGCUGGAGCCUCUGGUCAAGAGCUUGAGGGCGAAGAUCGAAGUCAACUGGGAGGAGACCAAGUCCAAGCUGAUGCCCAUCUUGGAGGCUGUGCGUGAGAAGGUGGCAGAGCACAUCCAGGCCUUGAAGACACUGCUGGAGCCCUACAUCCAGGAUUACAGGGAGCAGAUGGAGAAGGGAGCCCAGGAGUUCCGCCAGAGCGUCAAAUCUGGAGAACUGAGGAAGAAGAUGGAAGAGUUGGGCAAGGAGGUGAAGCCUCACUUCGAUGGUAUCAUCGCAGCCAUCCAAAAGGCUAUGAGCAAGCCGUAAACCAACCCUUUUUUACACCAUCUCACCCUCCCUUCUUCCUAGAGUACCAACACCUGAAACAUCCUCAUCCAGAAGGCUUUUCUCAGAGCUUAACUGAAGCACACACACUCACACACACUCACAACACACUCACAUGCACUUUUGACACACACAUUCACUCUAAUGGGCAAACACAACUACCAAUAAAACACACUGAGACCUGUUCCUUCAGAAACGCCUAGCAAAAUUCUUUGUUAAGCUGCUUUUUUAACUGAUUUUCAAUGUUCAAUGAAAUAAAAUAAUACAAAUAAAAACUUUCAU